UGUUGCAGCGGCAACUACUAGUUGAGCCGCAAUCAUGUGGCAGUUGGCAUUGGCAUUAGGACUGCUGCAGCAGCUGAAUGCACCGCCGGGAGCGCCUACGGCCAUGGCCAUUGUGGUGGAGCGGAACAUGUUUGCCUACUACAAGGUGCCGGCAGCUCAACUGUUGGAUGCGGACACUGAGGAGAGCCCCAGCAGCAGCAUCAGCAAGAAGAGCAAUCUCUACUUUGUACUGCAAUGUCCACCCAAAUCGGAUGCGGGCAUACCCAAGCCCAAGGACAUGCAGACCUGCAGCGUGGUGGAUCAGUACAAGGGCAUGUGGAAGAAGAAGCCUCAGCCCAAGAAACAGCUGCAAAUGGUGCCAUUUCGGAUUGUGCUACGACCGUUGCGACCACCAGCCAAGCGCAGAACAUAUCGUCGCAGGAAACGUCAGCAGCAGCGAGAUAUCGAGGAUGAGGAAUCCACACCCUUGCAGCAUCUGGGGCAACCCCACAUCCGACAGAAGCUGCUGAAACUCAAGGCGGAUCAUCGCAAGUUCAAGCGAGGCAGCAGCACGCAGGGAUAUCAGCACAUGUUUCAUCGGGAUGAGUCCUACAACGAUCACAUAUUCUACGACGAUCUGCAAGCCGAUGGGCAGUACCAUAAAUAUGGAAAAUCUGAAUAAACCGU